AUGCCAGGCGAGAGGGAGGAGUUCGCCUUCCAGGCGGAGAUCAACCAGCUUCUGUCGCUGAUCAUCAACACCUUCUACUCCAACAAGGAGAUCUUCCUGCGUGAGCUGAUCUCCAACGCCAGCGAUGCCCUGGACAAGAUCCGCUUCCAGUCCCUCACGGACAAGAGCGUCCUGGACUCCAACCCCGAGCUCUACAUCCGCAUCGAGGCCGACAAGGCCAACGGCACCCUCACCCUCACCGACAGCGGCAUUGGCAUGACCAAGGCCGACCUCAUCAACAACCUGGGCACGAUCGCGCGCUCCGGCACGCGCGCAUUCAUGGAGGCGCUGACCGCGGGCGCUGACAUCAGCAUGAUCGGGCAGUUCGGCGUGGGCUUCUACUCGGCCUACCUGGUCGCUGACAAGGUGGGCGGUGCUGCUGUUUAG